CAAAGAGAGGAAGGAGAAGAGAGAAAAAGGAGAGAAGAGAAAAAGUCAUUCUGGGAACUGAGCAAAAAGAGAAACAACAAGGCAAAGAGAAACAGUCAGACUGACUAGAGAGGGGACAUGUGAGGGGGAAGAAGUCCCUGGACUAAAGAUAAAGAGGAGAGGUCAGAGUUAGGAGGAUCAAAAAGAAGGGGUCCCUCUUUUCCUCCAGCUCUCUCUGCGGUGGGAUUAGCAGGUUUCUCAUCACCUGUUGUUCUGAAGAAGACACCGUCCAGUUCUUCUGCCCUUCUUCAACUUUCCAUCUAGCCAGGAGGACGUUUGUGGCAAAACCAGGACUGAAACAAAAAGAGGACAGCAGGAUUAAGAGAAGAAUAAGGGGAAAAGAGUUCAAGUCACACAGAAGGGGUCUACAUGUGACUGCUGAUGUCCAAUCCUAGAGACAGAAACCAGAACCAUGGUCAUUCUACAGCAGGGCGACUAUGUCUGGCUUGACCUGAAGACUGGUCGGGAGUUUGAGGUGCCGAUCGGUGCUGUGGUCAAACUCUGUGACUCAGGACAGAUCCAAGUGGUCGACGAUGAAGGAAAUGAGCACUGGAUCUCCCCUCAAAAUGCCACCAACAUCAAGCCAAUGCACCCGACCUCCAUCCAUGGUGUGGAGGACAUGAUCCGUCUAGGAGACCUCAAUGAAGCCGGCAUCCUCCGCAACCUCCUCAUAAGAUACAGAGACAAACUGAUAUAUACCUACACCGGCUCCAUCCUUGUAGCUGUCAACCCUUACCAGCUACUGCCCAUCUACACUGCCGACCAGAUCCGCCUCUACACCAACAAGAAGAUUGGUGAAAUGCCUCCUCACAUCUUUGCCAUCGCAGACAACUGCUACUUCAACAUGCAGAGGAACAACCGUGACCAGUGCUGUAUCAUCAGUGGUGAAUCAGGAGCAGGGAAGACAGAAAGCACCAAACUGAUCCUUCAGUUCUUAGCGGCCAUCAGCGGUCAACACUCCUGGAUUGAACAGCAAGUCCUCGAGGCAAACCCGAUACUGGAAGCCUUUGGCAACGCUAAAACAAUCCGCAAUGACAACUCGUCUCGCUUUGGGAAAUACAUUGACAUCCAUUUCAACAAGAGAGGAGCCAUCGAGGGAGCCAAGAUAGAGCAAUACCUGCUGGAGAAAUCCAGAGUCUGUCGACAGGCGUAUGAUGAGAGGAACUACCACAUCUUCUACUGCAUGCUCAAAGGCAUGACAGCAGACGAGAAGAAGAAACUGGGGCUAAGCAAAGCCACUGACUACACCUACUUGACCAUAGGUAAAUGUACAGUAUGUGACGGCCGAGAUGACAUGAAAGAGUACUCCAACAUCCGCUCCGCAAUGAAGGUCCUGAUGUUCACAGACAAAGAGAACUGGGAGAUUACCAAACUUCUGGCUGCAAUAUUACACAUGGGAAACCUCAGAUAUGAAGCUCGAAACUACGAUAACCUGGAUGCCUGCGAGGUUGUCCGCAGCGCUCACCUCACCACUGCAGCUACACUGCUGGAGGUGGACGGUAAAGAUCUGAUGAACUGUCUGACCAGUCGAACUCUGAUCACCAGAGGAGAAACUGUCUCCACUCCGCUCAGCAUGGAGCAAGCUCUGGAUGUCCGGGAUGCUUUUGUCAAGGGGAUUUACGGCCGAUUGUUUGUGUGGAUCGUGGAGAAGAUCAAUGCGGCGAUCUAUAAGCCUGCAUCAUCCCAAACCAAAGUCAUCAGACGCUCCAUUGGACUGCUGGACAUUUUUGGCUUUGAGAACUUUACUGUUAACAGCUUUGAGCAGCUGUGCAUCAACUUUGCCAACGAGAACCUGCAGCAGUUCUUCGUGCGCCACGUCUUCAAGCUGGAGCAGGAGGAGUACAACCUGGAGAACAUCAACUGGCAGCACAUCGAGUUCACCGACAACCAGGAUGCUCUGGACAUGAUCGCCAUCAAACCCAUGAACAUCAUCUCGCUCAUCGAUGAGGAAAGCAAGUUUCCUAAGGGCACAGACACCACCAUGCUGAACAAGCUGAACUUCCAACACAAAGUCAACACAAACUACAUCCCUCCAAAGAACAACCACGAGACCCAGUUUGGCAUCCAACACUUCGCUGGAGUCGUCUUCUAUGAGACUAAAGGCUUCCUGGAGAAGAACAGAGACACUCUGUACGGAGACAUCAUCCAGCUGGUUCAUUCGUCCAAGAACAAGUUCAUCAAGCAAAUCUUCCAGGCUGAUGUCGCUAUGGGGGCAGAGACCAGGAAGCGUUCGCCCACUCUCAGCAGUCAGUUUAAGAGAUCUCUGGAGCUGCUGAUGAGAACUCUGAGCGUCUGUCAGCCUUUCUUUGUCCGCUGCAUCAAACCAAAUGAGUACAAGAAACCCAUGUUGUUUGACAGAGAGCUGUGCGUGCGACAGCUGAGGUACUCUGGUAUGAUGGAGACCAUUCGGAUCCGCCGUGCAGGAUAUCCCAUCCGCUACACCUUUGUGGAGUUUGUGGACCGUUACAGAGUGCUCAUGCCUGGAGUCAAACCAGCGUACAAACAGGAGGACCUGAGAGGAACCUGCCAGAGGAUUGCAGAGGCCGUGCUCGGCAGAGAUGACGACUGGCAGAUGGGAAAGACCAAAAUCUUCCUAAAGGAUCACCACGACAUGCUGCUAGAGAUAGAGAGAGACAAAGCCAUCACAGACAAGGUCAUCCUCAUCCAGAAGGUGGUUCGAGGAUUCAAGGACAGAUCAAACUUCCUAAAAAUGAGGAAGUCAGCUGUAUUUAUCCAGAAGACGUGGAGAGGAUAUCACUGCAGGAAGAACUAUGGAGCUAUGCGAGCAGGUUUCUCUCGACUUCAGGCUCUGGUUCGCUCCAGGAAGUUAUGUGCGUCCUAUCAUGUGGCUCGUCAGCGAAUUACGGGCUUCCAGAGUCACUGUCGAGGUUUCUUAGUGCGCCGGGCGUUCAGACACCGCCUGUGGGCAGUUAUCACCAUCCAGGCUUACACCAGAGGAAUGAUCGCCCGCCGGUUGUACAAGAGGCUGAAGGGAGAGUAUCGCCGGCGGUUGGAGGCAGAGAAGAUGCGUCUGGCUGAGGAGGCCAAACUGAGGAAUCAGAUGUCUGCGAAGAGAGCGAAAGCUGAGGCAGAACGCAUACACCAGGAGCGUUUAGCUCAGCUGGCCAAAGAGGAUGCUGAGCGGGAGAAAAAGGAGAAGGAGGAGGCUCGUAAGAAGAAGGAGAUGGUAGAGCAGAUGGAAAAGGCCCGUUUGGAGCCUGUCAACGACUCCGACAUGGUCGACAAGAUGUUUGGUUUCCUGGGGACAACAAGUUCUCUCCCAGGUCAGGAGGGACAAGCCCCCGCUGGCUUUGAGGAUCUGGAGCGGACCCACCAGGAGCUGGAGGAGGAGGACCUGGAUGAGGCUCUUCCUCUGCCAGAAGACGAUGAUGAGGAGGAUUUAUCAGAGUACAAGUUUGCAAAGUUUGCAGCCACCUACUUCCAGGGCACCACCACGCACACAUAUGUCCGCAGACCUCUCAAACAGCCUCUGCUGUUCCAUGACGAUGAGGGAGACCAGCUGGCUGCUUUGGCGGUGUGGAUCACUGUGCUGAGGUUUAUGGGAGAUCUGCCAGAGCCUAAAUACCACACAGCCAUCAGUGACGGGAGUGAGAAAAUCCCAGUCAUGACCAAAAUCUACGAGACACUGGGAAAGAAGACGUACAAGAGAGAGCUGCAGGCGCUGCAGGGAGAGGGAGAGCAGACACCUCACUCUGACAGCGUGAAGAAGAACAGUGUCCGACACAAACUGGUGUCCCUCACCCUGAAGAAGAAAUCCAAGAUCACUGAAGAGGUCACCAAGCGUCUCAAUGAUGGGGAGUACAGUCUCCAUGGCAACAGCAUGCUGGAGGACCGGCCAACAUCCAACCUGGAGAAACUUCACUUCAUCAUCGGCAAUGGGAUCCUGAGACCAGCACUGAGGGAUGAGAUCUACUGUCAGAUCUGUAAGCAGCUGAGUCAGAACCCAUCUAAGAGUUCUCAUGCUCGCGGCUGGAUCCUCAUCUCUCUGUGCGUCGGCUGCUUUGCCCCUUCAGACAAGUUUGUCAAGUACCUGAGGAACUUCAUCAGCAGUGGUCCACCGGGUUACGCUCCAUACUGUGAGGAGAGACUAAGGCGAACGUUUGUCAAUGGGACGAGGACACAACCUCCGUCCUGGCUGGAGUUACAGGCCACAAAAUCAAAGAAGCCCAUCAUGCUGCCGGUGACAUUCAUGGAUGGUACGACUAAAACACUGCUGACAGACUCUGCCACCACAGCGAGGGAGCUCUGCAGCGCCUUAUCAGACAAGGUCAACCUGAGGGACCGCUUUGGAUUCUCCCUUUACAUCGCUCUGUUUGAUAAGGUCUCAUCUUUAGGCAGUGGAAACGAUCAUGUGAUGGAUGCUGUGUCUCAGUGCGAGCAGUAUGCUAAAGAGCAGGGAGCUCAGGAGAGGAAUGCCCCCUGGAGGCUGUUCUUCAGAAAGGAGAUCUUCACACCCUGGCACUGUCCCUCCGACGACCAGGUCGCCACCAACCUCAUCUACCAGCAGACCGUCAGGGGCGUAAAGUUUGGAGAAUACCGCUGUGACAGGGACGACCUGGCAGAGCUGGCCUCUCAGCAGUAUUAUGUGGACUACGGUUCAGAGAUCCUUCUGGAGCGUCUGCUCAGCCUCAUCCCCUCCUACAUCCCCGACAGAGAGAUCAGCUCUGCCAGGACGGUGGAGAAAUGGGCUCACUUCAUCAUGGCUGCUCACAAAAAGGGCAUCUACACUCAGAAAAGGUUUGACUCUCAGAAGGUGAAGGAGGAAGUGGUGGACUUUGCUCGGCACAAGUGGCCUCUGCUCUUCUCCCGUUUCUAUGAAGCCUUCAAAUUCUCAGGUCCAAGUCUGCCUAAAAACGACCUGAUUGUUGCUGUUAACUGGACCGGGGUUUAUUUUGUGGACGAGCAGGAGCAGGUCCUCUUAGAGCUCUCCUUCCCAGAAAUCACAGCAGUUUCCAGCAGCAGGGGAGGAAAGCUGCAGAGUCAGAGCUUCACUUUGGCCACCAUUAAAGGAGACGAGUACACCUUCACAUCCAACAACGCCGAGGACAUCAGAGACCUGGUGGUCACCUUCCUGGAAGGACUGAGGAAGAGGUCCAAGUUUGUGGUCGCACUGCAGGACAACCCAAACCCAACAGGUGAGGAGUCAACAUUUCUGAGUUUCCGUAAAGGAGAUCUGAUCUUGUUGGACCAGGACACCGGAGAGCAGGUCCUAAACUCUGGAUGGGCUCAUGGAGUCAAUGAAAGAAGCAACCAGAGAGGAGAUUUUCCAGCUGACUGUGUUUACGUCCUGCCCACCAUGACCCGACCACAGCAAGAGAUAGUGGCGCUGGUUACCAUGACACCAGACCAGCGUCAGGAGUCAGUUCGUGUUUCACAGCUCGUCAUGCCAGAGACCGAUGGCAAGAUGAAACCCUACACUCUGGAGGAGUUCUCCUACGAUUACUUCAGGCCUCCUCCCAAACACACCCUGAGCCGAGUGAUGGUCACUAAGAAUCGUGGGAAGGACAAGAUGUGGAGCUGCACCAGAGAGCCACUCAAACAGCCUCUACUGAAGAAGGUCGUCAACCACGAGGAGCUGGCUCAGGACGCCUGCAUGUCCUUCAUAGCUGUCAUGAAGUAUAUGGGCGACUACCCGUCCAAACGAACACGCUCAGUCAAUGAGUUGACAGAUCAGAUCUUUGAAGGAGCGUUAAAAGCCGAACCCCUGAAGGAUGAGAUCUACUGUCAGAUCAUCAAACAGCUCACCGACAACCACGUCAAGUACAGCGAGGAGAAAGGCUGGGAGCUACUGUGGUUAUGUACUGGUUUGUAUCCUCCUAGUAACGUGCUGCUGCCGCACAUCCAGCGCUUCCUCCAGUCCAAGAAACAACAUCCGCUGUCUGGAGACUGCAUGCAGAGGCUGCACAAGGCUCUACGUAAUGGGUCCAGGAAGUAUCCCCCUCAUCUGGUGGAGGUUGAGGCCAUCCAACAUAAGACCACCCAGAUCUUCCACAAAGUUUACUUCCCUGAUGACACAGACGAGGCUUUUGAGGUGGAGUCCAGCACCAAAGCAAAGGAUUUCUGUCAGAACAUCUCAACCAGACUGCUGCUCAAAUCCCCUGAAGGCUUCAGCCUGUUCGUCAAAAUCUCAGACAAGGUGAUCAGUGUGCCAGAGGGAGAUUUCUUCUUUGACUUUGUCAGACAUUUGACAGACUGGAUCAAGAAAUCUCGACCAGCUAAAGAUGGAAUUGUUCCCUCACUGACCUAUCAGGUGUUCUUUAUGAAGAAGUUGUGGACUAACACAGUUCCAGGGAAAGACUCCUUUGCUGAUUCCAUCUUCCACUACUACCAGGAGCUUCCUAAAUACCUGCGUGGCUACCAUAAGUGUUCCCGAGAGGAGGUUUUCCAACUUGCAGCGCUCAUCUACCGUGUAAAGUUUGAGGAUGACAAAUCCCAUUUUCCUACGAUUCCCAAGAUGCUGCGGGAGCUGGUUCCUCAGGAUCUUAUACGUCAGAUGUCUCCUGAUGACUGGAAGAGGUCAGUGGUUGCAUACUUCAACAAGCAGGCUGGUAAAUCAAGAGAAGAGGCCAAACUCAUGUUUCUGAAGAUCAUCUACAAAUGGCCGACAUUUGGCUCUGCCUUUUUUGAGGUCAAGCAAACCACAGAGCCAAACUUCCCAGAGAUCCUGCUGAUUGCCAUCAACAAACAUGGAGUCAGCCUCAUUGACCCCAAGACAAAGGACAUCCUGACCACCCACCCCUUCACAAAGAUCUCCAACUGGAGCAGCGGAAACACCUACUUCCACAUCACCAUCGGCAACCUGGUCAGAGGAAGCAAACUGUUGUGUGAGACCUCGUUGGGCUACAAGAUGGACGACCUGCUGACAUCUUACAUCAGUCAGAUGCUCACCACCAUGAACAAGCAGCGCUCUGGGCGGGGCCAGAGCAAGUGAACUUCUUACUGGCAGGAGGCCGCGGAGCUCAUCAGGCUCUUGCGCCCAAUUGGCCAGCCCUGCAGCUGGGGGCGGACCUUUGCCCAUCAGCUGUGGAGGAUGAGCCGCACUCCUUCUGCUAGCUCAGAGGGCUCUGGGCUCACCGGGGAGAGUUCAGCUGCCAACAGUGACGAUCCCGGAGAAGGGCCCAGUAACCGAUAUCCCAACAAGUACAACUACUACUACGAUGAAGACGAGCCGUCCAGUGAGGAUGACUACCUCUAAAACACCAAAACUCUCCGUCAAGAAGGUCAGAGUCUGGUUUAAUAGUCAACAAGAGGAUCUGUGUGUACAGAAAUGUUGUUUUCAGUCAGUUCUGCUGCUAUAAACUCCCUACAUGACUGAUUCACAUCCAACUGAGGAGACAAAGUCUACUACUGCAUGAACAUUUGAACAUUUUAGGGACCUUUCAACCAGAUACAACAAUAACCCAUUAGCUCAGUAGCCAUCAUAUGAGUAAUUAAAUCAAUUAACAACAAUAUUAUACUGUCAGGCAGCGCGCUACAGUAGUUGGACUAUUCAGUCCUUCUUUUUAUGUCAAAAACUUGCUGUCAGAUCAUGGUAAUUCUGUAUGGAAAAAGUAAAGAUGUGAAGUAAAACAUGCACUUAAAAGAUAAUUGUAUGCCUUACUACUCCAUCUAGUCUCCCCUCUUUGUUUCACCAGUAUCAUUGUGAAAUAAUUAUUUCAAAUAAUAAAUAUUUGUGUUAUUAAAAAGGUCAUAAAAAGUCUAGUUUAAUGUAAAGUUGCCUUAUUUAAAUGGGGUGAGAACUGGAGAACCUCUAAAAGUUCAUACAGUAAAAUGAGCAUUCAGCUCCAAACACAAAAUGUUAAAUCAGAGCACCGAAUACUGCAUUUACUCUGAAAGGAAUGUUUUUGUUUGAGAUGUAAAAUGAACUUCCCUGUGGCAACAUAAGUUUCAACCCUAGAUGUUUUGUCACAACUUUUAUAAGAAUUUAAAAAAUAACAAUGUUUUCAUCCAUCCAAUGUCUGUGAUGGUUUUUUGUAUGCGUUAUAAGAGUUUUAGAGAAGCUUUAAACAUUCCCUUUUUUUUUUUCUUGCCUACAGGAUAUAGAAAUGUUGCAAAAAUAAGGCAUUUUCAUCUUGCUACAGACUCAUGUAAAAAUUUAUUUAGAAAACAAGGUCAGAAAACGUUUGAGAUUUGUGUUGUUGAUGAAGGGUUUCAAGUGUUUGUUGUUUUUGUUUGAACAUUUUUCACCAAGAAUUGUUGGUUUAUAAAAAUAAUAUAUUUCUCAUGCCUUAGGACCCAAAUUAUUUAACUAAUGCUGCAUUACCAACCUCAUCCCACUGAUUUAAAACUUAAUUUAUGUGAGAAACACUAAAAAACAGAUCUGCUGGCUGUUUAGGUCCUACUCCAUAAAUCUGCUAUUUAUAGCAUUUAUUGUUUUUAUAGUGUUAUAUUUUUUAAGACCUAACUCAUGUUUACAUUACUUUGUUAAUGAUGUAGAUUAUUUAUCAGUGGUUUGUGUUUAGGUUUUGAUUUAAUGCCUUAAUAUUUCUCAGCUUUCAUGAAAAGUACACGCUUUUAGUGUUUCCUUUAUUUUCAUUUCAAAGUUUCUUAACUUUAAGAGAGCCUCUCUAAAAGUCCUUGGUGGUUUUAAACCGGCGAGGCCGUCCACCUCUAAGACAAAAAGAUCAACAGACUAAAUGUACAUGUAAACACUCAUCAGCCACUUGUUCAAUUGUUCAUUAAUGCAAAUAUCUAAUCAGCCAAUCACAGCAGCAGCCAGUACAUUCAGGGAUGUAGAUAUGGUCAAAGUGACCUGAUAGGGUUCAAACUGAAGAAAACAGGUAAUUUCUUUGACUAGAACUAUGACUAAAAAUGUGAGUUGAGCAGCUUUUGUCCAAGAAGAAAAAAGACUAGAUCUAAAAUCGAUCUUUAGUGACUAGAAACUUUGACCAAAAGUCAUUUUUGUUUAGGCAAGGGGACUAAAUAAGGCUAAAACGUAAUGAUGUUUUCCUCAGACAUUAAAAAUCCUAGAUAGGAGAAAGCACACCCUGUCAGGGUGAAUCUGGAGCUCUUCUGCCUUACAUGUGUAGAAAGCAGGGACUCCAGGUUUUGUAGGGUGCGUGGAACGUACAAGUGUGAUUUGCACACCACUAGUAUGUAAGGACUUCUUAUGGACUAAAACUGAACUAAAACUUGAUUAAAACUAUAAAGGAUCAAUAUGACUAAAAUGUAACUGGUAUGUAAAUCUAAAAAGUGAGACUCAAUUUAAAAUAUCUGCCAAGAUCAACACUGGAAUAAAGGUGUUUUACUUGGAAUGGUUAUUGAUAGUCUGGUGGUGUUACAUUUUGUUUCCACCAAAAUCUGACCUUCUUCUUGAAUAUGGCAGCAGAAAUCAUCUAUUGGACUCGUCAGUCCAGGCAAGGCAUUUUUCCAGUCUUCUACUGUCUGGUUUCUGUGAGUGUGUGUGAAUUGUAGCCUCAGUCAUUCCCACCUCUGCAAUCAACAAAGCAUUAACCCAGUGAACUGCCACUCUCUCUGGAAAUUUUUUCUUUUUCCCUCCAUUCUCUGGAAAAUCUAGACAUGGUUAUGCAUGAAAAUCCCUGUAGUUCAGCAGACUGAUUGGCUGACUAGAUAUUUGUGUUAAUGAGGAGCUGAACAGGUAUAAGUUAGAAGGUGUUUAGUAAGUUUAUACAUCCAAACAUAUGGUGAAGUCUGAAAGCACUGGGAAAGCUAUAGAAUGGACCUUGUCUAUCAUGCUAAAUAUGCUUUUUUUCUAUUGUUACAAAUGCAGCUUGUAUUACACUGUGCACUUACUAGUUUUGGGUGCACAUAAGUUGUCAAAAUUUCGCAUUAGACUUUUGUCCUCAUAGUUGACAAAAUUACCAGACUGACUUUGUACCUACAUGAUUUAGCAGCGAACUGUGAAUCAUUCAGAUGACUAUACAAAUCAUCUUAAUACAAAUCUCCAAAUUUGCAUACUAGGCUGUUAUAAAGACUCAAAAACUUGAUUCUACUAUGCAAGUUAAAUCUUCCAAGCCAAGUUAAGAGGCACAUUAAAAUGUAAAGAUAUUUCUUUUUUGUCUAGGUCUUGACUUUAUGCAGAAAACACACAGUAAUGAUAAUCAAAAUCAAAAAUCAGUUUUUAUUUAAAAAAUGUCUUCUGAGAGAUGAUGUUUUGUGAAAUCCAGAUGAACAGAAAACAUUUUGAAGUAAAAUGCUACUUUAAGAAAUCAAAGUUUUGACAUAAACUUGUUUCAUGGAUUUAUUUUCUUACAAAUAUGCCUGUUAUUAAUGACACUGAGGUCUCAGCUGCAAAGUUUGUUUUAAAAGCGACUUCUUUAUACUGCAGUCAAGGGUCCUUGGAGAGUAGCAAAGACAUGGGGCAUCCAAAAUUUAAGCAAUGAUUAUCUUUGAUUUUGAACCUAAAUACUCAAUUUCUGAUCAAAACAGCUAAAUCUGAUCUUUUUGAAAUGGUAUGAGCAGUUGUUUUUGUAAUAUAUAUGCUGUGGAUAGGUCCACUGAACUUGCCUAGGAGGCUAGCACUAUCACUGCUAAUAUAAAUGACUUCUUGGUAGGGCCCAUUUACUGGGUUUCUCAGGGGCCCCACCAUUUCUGUGAGCUGGAGUCAGACCUGACUACACACUACUAUGGUUUUCACUGAGCUGAAUCAUUUAAUACAUUUCAUUUAUUCAGUACAAAUCCCAGCAGUCAUCCUCUGAAUCAUAGGUCUUUUCCUAAACAACAGUAAAGUGAGAUUUUGGAAGAAUAAAUGGGAAAUGUUUAUAAGUAACACAGAGUUGACCUUCACUUUUAGUCAUCAGGUUUAAAAAGGACUCAAACUUCAACCAUCAAAAAGAGAAAGAAAACUUUCAGAUGUUCCAUAGAUAUUUAUAAAUUGUCUUAUUUUGUUUUUUUCUGUUAUUGUGGUUAAACUGUCAUCAUGAAUUCUGUGAUUUCUCUGUGUAAAAGUUUAUUUGUAUGCCGACCUUUAGAUGUCACUAUACUUCAUCUGUUAACCUGAACUGAAACUGUUUUUUGUGUGAUAAACAAAUACACUGAUAUUUAAACAGUGCCAAUCCAUUCAUACAUUUAUGUUCUUUGUUUAUUUCUCUGUUAAGUAAUGCAAACUCCUAUUUAUCCUGCUUGUUUAUUUUUAUGGGGGUUUAUUAGUUCUUAUUCUUCAUAUAAACUCUGUUUGUGUUGUUUUUAAUGUCUGUGUAAUGUCAGCUUUGACCUUUGUUUAAUAAAUACAUAAAUUCAUUUGGA